AUGACUUCUUCAACGCAGGAGGGCGCAUUGCAGCAGCGUCUCUCGACUUUGACAAUGGUUGCUAUGGCCUUUGCCAUUCUCAACACAUGGAUCGCACUCGCCGGUACCAUGGCUUACAUUCUCCCGUCUGGGGGUUCGGUUUCGUUUAUCUAUGGAUUCAUAGUCUGCGUUCUUUGUAACUUGGCUCUUGCUGCUAGCCUUGGAGAAAUGGCUGCACUUUGGCCAACUGCAGGUGGACAGUAUCACUUCAUGUACGCCAUUUGUACACCGCGAUGGAAACGACCUAUGAGUUUCUUCAUUGGAUGGACCAACAUUGCUGGUUGGUUGACUGUCGUCACAACCCAAGCCUUCUUUGCUGCUCAGCUAGUAUCCGCCGCAGCCGUCGUCGCUUCGAAUAACGCAUACGAGGCAACUCAAUGGAAGACACAUCUCUUCUUCCUUGCCAUUCUUACCUUCGGAACGGUCGGCAACGUCUGGGGAAACAAGAUCCUUGGCCGUUGGAAUGACAUGGCUCUAUAUUGGUCUGUGCUCUCGGUCGUUAUUAUGAGCAUCAUCCUCCUUUCCAUGUCUCCCAAGACAGAUGCUCGUCAAGUCUUUACAGAGUUUAGAAACGAGACUGGUUGGUCAGAUGGUGUCGCUUGGAUCCUUGGCUUACUUCAAUCUGCCUUGUCCCUCAUCGGCUUUGACGUUGUCUUGCAUCUAACUGAAGAGAUGCCCAACCCUUCGAGGGAUGCACCUCGAGCUAUGAUGCUAGCUAUAGUCAUUGGCGACCCAGCAACAAUCCUCGCCUCCAACACAGGCAUGCCCAUCGUUGAACUCUUCCUCCAAAGCACAAAGAGUCGCGCCGCAGCAACCAUCUUGGCCCUGAUGCUAAGCGUCUGUUUCAUCAACGGCACAUCAGCCAGCAUCACCAGUGCCAGUCGUCUUCUCUACGCCAUGGCUAGAGACAAGGGUAUCAUCUGCCAUAACUACUUUGCGCACAUUGAACCGAAGCUCGAUGUCCCCGUCCGCACAAUUACCUUGUGUUUCAUUUUCAACGUCCUCUUUGGGCUCUUGUAUCUUGGUCCUGCUGUGGCUUUCAGUGCUUACAUUGCUUCGUGCACUAUCUUCCUCAACGUCUCUUAUGCCGGACCUGUCGUUGCGUUAUUGGUCAGAGGCAGAGGUAUUCUCAAGGAGUACCAGACAAGGAAGACGCCAGCCAGGAUGGGCUUGAGGACUGGUGCUGUUGUCAAUGCCAUUGCGAGUGUCUUUGUCAUCGUCAUCACCAUCUUUUUCUGUUUUCCGACUGCCCUUCCUGUAUCAGCUAACACCAUGAACUACGUUUCCGCUGUCGUUGGCGUUUUCUACUUACUUCUUGCUUUAUACUGGAUGGUCUAUGGUAAGACCUUCGAAGGCCCUAACUUCGAGGCCAUCAUUGGGCAACCUUUGCAGAUAAAAGGGGAGCAUGAGCCGGAAGCAGUGCAUGAGAAAUCUUCAACUUCAACAAAGGCCUGACUCUUAAUACGAUAUUUAUUGCGACUCAGAGGACAGUUAUUUUAAUAAGAC